CGGACUCGCACGUUGUGUGUGUGUGUAAGGGAACUGCGAUUUACAAAAGCGCGAUUUAAGCACCCCCUCUCCCUACACUACUACACCCUCCCCUCUAGCCCCGUCUACCCCUUCUGUUUUCUGCCUUUCUUUAUUCUCAUACUCGCGCCGCGCCGCUCGUGUCUUAUGCUUCACACUUUCCACGCGUGCUUCAUUGAGCGCUGGAGGAAACAAUGGGAAUGGGAAUGCACGCGCUUUGUCUCGGACAGCGACUGACGCGCGUCUUUGUGUUUGUUUAGAACUUUCUGCUGAUAUAAACACACAUUCGUAAUCACAUUAUCAUCAAGAUCGAACACAAUGGGGUGCUGCAGCGGACGGUGCACGCUUAUAUUUCUGUGCACGUUUCAGAUGAUGGUGGCAUUUGAGAGGCAGGUGUUUGAUUUCUUGGGCUAUCAGUGGGCUCCCAUCCUCGCCAACUUCUUCCACAUCCUGGUUGUCAUCCUGGGACUGUUUGGCACCAUUCAGUACAGACCUCGCUACAUUGUAGUGUACGUUGUAUGGACAGCACUGUGGGUGGCCUGGAACGUCUUCAUCAUCUGUUUCUAUCUGGAGGUUGGAGGUCUGUCAAAGGUCAGUGACCUAUUGACCUUUAAAAUCUCGGCGCACCACUCCUGGUGGAGAGAGCACGGGCCAGGCUGUGUUCGACGAGAGAUCCCCAUCAGUGUAGAUCGUGGUUCAGAUGCACAGUCCUACAUAUCAAUCAUGGGCUGCAUGCUGGAGUACCAGUACAUCGAAGUCCUCCACAGCGGAUUCCAAAUCCUUAUAUCUCUGCUGGGUUUCAUUUACGCCUGCUACGUCAUCAGUGUCAUCACAGAGGAGGAAGAGAGCUUUGAUUUUAUUGGUGGAUUUGACCCAUUCCCACUCUACCAUGUCAAUGAGAAACCAUCCCAUCUACUAUUAAAGCCUGUGCAUCAGUCUUCGUAAAUGAUUGCGUCUGUGAAGAUGAGCAGCCUGUCUGAUUCCUCUUCUCCACCAGACUCCUCGUUCCUCGCCUCCUGCCCCAUUCCUCAGUGUCUCUCCAUACCCAUUAAAACACCUUAAAAUCUUCUUCAAUAAGCCUUUUCUGGGUUGGAAAGAUGGUUGGAGAAUUGCCUCUCUUCUUCCCAACUCUGGACAAAACACGUCCAUCAGAUUCACUAGCUCCUGCAUUGUUCCAGCUUCCUCAUUUAGAAGCUGUUACAUAUGGCCAUAAAAAUAUCUAAACAUAAAGGUCCAUUAUUUUUAUCGGGCGGGUUUCCAUGUGUGUGGUCAAUGUUUAGUAUGCAUUGUGACCUAAGGCCACGACCCUAAAAGUUACUCUAUAGAGCUCAAAUAGUAAGGUUAACAUCUCUGUUUAUGUGUGAGAGAGGAGCACCAUUGAAUGCUGUUUACCUUCACACAGGAUUUGCGCAUGUACACAGUAAAACAGUGGAAUGAACGGAGAGGAGAAAGGGUGGGCCGGAAAGUGGGUGCGGCCAAAUAUCCAACAAACAAUAAAGAUAAAGCAAGCAAACCUCCUGUGGUUGUAUUCAAAAAUAGAAACAAAAUAAGAAAGCAUUGUGUGUUGCGAUACAAAAGAUAAAUAAUUAGAGUGGUUUUGAGACUUAUUUCAUAGUUUGCUUCUAAAGAUUUUGUCAUUGUCUAAUUUAAAUUUUAGUCUUAGCUAGGAGUUUUUAAAGUACAAAAAUAGCCCCAAAAACUAUGUGGACACUUAAGCCUGACUUAAAAAAUUAUAAAUGCCAUUGAACUAGAUUACAAAAUAUCAAAGCAAGUAGAAUUUAUUUUAAAGAUGACAGCACAGGCACACUUCUUAAGCUAAAUAUUUCAAUAAAAGAAGUGUGUACAAUUAUAAAAACAACAGAUUUACUGUUCAAAAUGAAGACAAAAGGUAAUUGUACUCUUUCUGUUUGUCAAAUGAUUAUGGACUACAUCCACAGUUGAUGUGAUGAACUACACCUGUAGUUACUCUGCUUACAUCCACUAAUAAUCACCUUGACAAUUGUUGGUUUAAAGUAAUUGAUAAAAGUCAAGUUAGUUCUGAGAAAAGCUCUAGCAUCAUUCGUUUUCAGAUCCAAAUGCAUUGGCAUUUCUGUGUUGUGCAUGCCCCAUCAGUAUUUUUAUUGUGUUAUCAUAAUUUAAUGCACAAUGUUUUUGAAUAUAAUAAGCCUUCAGAUCAAUAUUAAAUAAACAGGGCUUCCUCUUUUAGUCAGUCCCAUAAUGAAAUUCUCAUACACUCAUUCUUCAUUAUUGGACUGGCAGAUUGGAAUGGCAUAAUGCAACAUGACAUCCUCUUUUUUUUAUAUGGAUGGUGCUUGUUAUGAAAUAUCAUUUUGUGAACAAAUAUAAUGUAAAACAAGCCAUCAGCAUGUACCCUUGUUUUUAUGAAUAUGAGUAACAGUUGAGUGGCAAGUUUUUCACUGUCGAUGUGCUAAAAAAAAAUAAACCUCAUAGCACAAUUGAUUGAUUGGUUGACAUGCAACAUUAGAUUUAUCAUAAUGUGUUUGACAUGUUUUGAAGAGGUGGACUCUGUAUUGCUUUACAAACUGAGAUGUAAAGGCGAAAGGUUAGUUUGGAAAAAGUUUGUAUAAUCUCCAUUAUCUCAAAGUGUUUCAUCAGAAAAGCAUCACAUUCUAAUUAACAUCUGCUAAACAUCUUGAAAAGAGCAGAUUUAGAAACACUCUUAAACAUAAACAUCUCAAAGACAUCUGCUGAAUGUCUUAUUGACAUCCGAGAGGAAACGUAUUAUAGACAUAUUACAGAUGAGCAAGCAACCUAAAACAUACAUCUUCCAGAUGUAAACAAACACAUCAAGCACAUCUGGGUGAUGAAUGUGUGCUAUCAGAGAACGGUGUUCCAUACAUUUUCUAACAACAUUUGGUUCUAAUCUUUAAAUAAUGUCAGCCAAAGUUAUUUGAACGUUCCCUGUAAUUUAGUCAGCUUUUAUCCUGAAUUGAAUGAGAAAUUUCUUAUUUCCAUGUUAUAUGACGUGAUACUUCAACUGUCUUUGAGACAUUUAUGCUUACAUAGAUUGUUUGUAAAUUUGCUCUUUUUAGCAGAUCUCAUUUGGAAUGUGAUGCUUUCCUGAUGAAAAGAUCUAAAAGAGACAUCUGAGAUGUUUUGGGACACCAUUUUUCUCUACCGAAAACACCAUCCAUUACUGCAUACUUUGGGAAACUAUGACAUUACGAAACUGAAAACAGAAUUUUCAAACGAAAGGGAUUAGUGUGGAUGUUGGCUGUUUCAAACAGACAAAAACAAAACUAAAACAAACAAAAAAACACAAUAAAAGUUAUCUAAAAAGUCCUUCUAAAGUUUUAUAUCUUUACAUUUUCAUAAAUGAUGACAGAAUUUACAUUUUGGGAGAAUUAUCCCUUUAAACUACGCAAGGGUGAAUGGGAACUUUUAUAGCUUAUAGUUUUCCAAUCUGUGUAACUCGAAAUGGCAAAAACGAACAAAUCCUGCUUCUGUUUAGUAAUCUUGUACAAUGUUCCAUGGAUCUACUAUGACUUCCUAGUGUCCAAUGUUCUUCUGUAAAAGAAUUAGACAUCUCAGCUCUGUGGCCUAGCAGGAUAAAAUGCAUUUUUACCACUUUGACAAUAUCUGUGUACAUUUGUAAUUCUAGAAUUUAGAAUAAUGAUAAAUAAAGCAAAUGUAGCUAUUUGUUGCUCAAAGCUGUAAAAAGUGUUAUAAAUCUCCAUCUCUCCUUUUCUCCUUAAAUAACAUCUUUUCCAAUCUUGUUUAAUUUGGUAACAAUUUACAAUAAGGUUCCAUUUGCUAUCAUUAGUUAAUGCAUGAGGCACCAUUAACUAACACUUAAUAUAUAUUUUUACAGCAUUUAUUAAUCUGUUAAUGUUAAUAAAAAAUAAAAUUGUUCACUUUUAGUUAAUUUUAGUGCAUUAACUAAUGUUAACAAAUACAAAUUUUGAUUUAAAAAUUUUACUAUAUAUGUUCAAAUAAACAUUAAGUAAGAUUUAUAAAUGCUUAAAUGUGUCGUUCAUUGUUAGUUCAUUUUAAAUAAUGUUAACUAAUGGAAAUGUAUUGUAAAGUUACCUUUUUCACUUUGUUUUUGACAGGUAUAUCCUUUGUAAGCAAUAUUUUUUGUACCUUUUUUUUAGGUCUCAUAGU